AUUUAAAUUUCGUAUACUGCUGGCUGGCUGGCCCAACGUCUCAACACUCAGCUCGCUGACGUCGAGCGUUAUUGUUGUAUCCCGGCGUGGUGCUCUGUGGAACUGCUAGGUCGUAAAACAUUUUUUUUUUAUUCUUUAUCACCGACUUCUGCUUUUAAGUGACACCAGCACCAUGCCACUGAUCGAAAGGGACGGCAAGGACUUCAACAACAGCCGCGGGCUGACGCGUUCAUGCAAGACGAUGGACAACUCUGUCCUGAACACAACAAACACUUCCAUUUUAUCCACCUCUGCCCUAUUUAACUCUUCAUUGCAAAACCUGUCGGCUUGCCAGGCCAACAUUUCCACAAGCAAGACGCCCUCAAAAACUCCGAGGAAGACUCCUGGCAAACACAACCGCAGCCACAAAAACCCAUCAAAACAGACGACGCCACUUGGCCGAAGUGGUGGUGAUCGCUUUAUACCGAACCGGCACAAAAUGCAGUUCGAACUGGCAAACUAUGUGCUGACAAAUCAAGAGAACAUCAAUGAGAACUCUGAAAACCCAGAGUAUCGGGCUGCCCUGGAAGGUCAGCUCAAUACUGACCUUGCCAACUUUCGCAUCAUGGCCUACAGUGACAAAGCCCCUCCAGCACCUGAAGGCCAUGGCGGCAACAAGGUUCUCUACAGUGCAUCCAAACAGAUUCCGUCUGCAAAAAAGAACACCAGAUUCAUACCGAAGACUGCCGAGCGGAUACUGGACUGCCCUGACAUCAGGGAUGACUUCUACCUGAACCUCAUGGACUGGUCUUCCACCAAUCUUCUGGUGGUUUGCCUCAUGGGGCAGGUGUACACCUGGAAUGCCUCCUCUGGUGAAGUGGACCAGCUGCUGGAGCUUCCCUCCCCUGCCGAGUACGUGUGCUCAGCCUCGUGGUGUGCUGAUGGCUCAUAUCUUGCCCUGGGUACCUCGGACAGCCAGGUCCACCUGUGGGACAUUCGUCAACGUAAACGGCUGCGCGUGCUGACGGGGCAUGCGUCACGGGUCUGUUCGCUGGCCUGGAAUGGCCACACACUGUCGAGUGGCGCCCGGUCGGGGUUUGUGCACCACCAUGAUGUACGUGUGGCAGAGCACCAUGUGGGUACGCUGUCGGCGCACCAGCAGGAGGUGUGCGGUCUGCGGUGGGCGCCUGAUGGCCGCAUGCUUGCGACCGGUGGCAACGACAACCUGUUACGUGUGUGGCCCACCACCAUGAGCCACGGGGCUGUGCAGCCUUUACACUCUUUCACUGAACAUCAGGCCGCCGUCAAGGCCAUUGCCUGGUGUCCUUGGCAAUCUAGUGUGCUCGCCAGUGGAGGUGGAACUGCUGACCGCUGCAUUCGGUUUUGGAGCUGCAGCAUGGGUACACAGCUAAACUCUAUUGACACAGGAUCACAGGUAUCGUCCAUCCUGUGGUCCAACGAGCACAAGGAGAUCAUAUCGGGUCACGGCUUCUCCAAGCAUGAACUCAGCAUCUGGAAAUACCCAUCAAUGAAGAAAGUGGCAGAACUCACUGGGCACACAGCUCGUGUUCUCUGCAUGUGCCAGAGUCCAGAUGGAAGCAUGGUGGCAUCGGCUGGUGCUGAUGAGACACUCCGCAUAUGGAAUUGCUUUGCCAUUGACCCAGCAAAGAAAAAGCAACAGAAGCUGCGUAUGGACUCAACUGCCUCGACUAUCUUCCGGCAGAGCAUCCGCUGAAACUUUCACAAUUUAGCUUUGAAGUGCCAUCACUGGCAUUUCUUGACUUGGACUGUGUACUUGAAGGCUGCAUGUCCACAUUUAGAGGGUGUUUUACAGUGCUGAGCAUGCUUAUCUCUUCCUUCAGUUUUUUUUUCUUCCAUUCAUCAUGGAGUUCAUUCGGGCAAAGCUAACUUGUUUUAAGCAAGCAAAAUUCCUGGGAGGGAGGUCGUAAACUGGCCAUUCUUACUCCUUUAAGCUUUACCACGUUUCCUCAAUCGCCUUGUGACCUUAAUAAAGUGCACCUUGUGGA